GGGGUGGUGGCGGCGACCGUGGGUCUGCGCGUGUGCGGCGGCCCAGGCGGGCGGCCCAGGCAGGCGCGUCCGGCUGCCGGCGGAACGGCACACGGCGGGGAUUUAAAGGUGCAGCAUCAUGGUUAUGAAAGCUUCAGUAGAAGAUGAUGAUUCAGGAUGGGAACUCGGUAUGCCUGACAAGAUGGAAAAGAGUAAUACAAGCUGGAUAGAUAUAACCCAGGAUUUUGAAGAAGCUUGUAGAGAACUGAAGUUAGGAGAACUGCUUCAUGACAAGCUUUUUGGUCUCUUUGAAGCCAUGUCUGCCAUUGAAAUGAUGGAUCCCAAGAUGGAUGCUGGUAUGAUUGGAAACCAAGUUAACAGAAAGGUUCUUAACUUUGAGCAAGCUAUUAAGGAUGGCACCAUUAAAAUAAAGGAUCUCACUUCACCUGAGCUGGUAGGAAUAAUGGAUACGUGUUUUUGUUGUUUGAUAACAUGGUUAGAAGGACAUUCCUUGGCACAGACAGUAUUCACUUGCCUUUAUAUUCAUAAUCCAGACUUCAUAGAAGAUCCUGCUAUGAAGGCUUUUGCUCUUGGGAUCCUAAAAAUCUGUGAUAUUGCCAGAGAAAAGGUUAACAAAGCAGCUGUUUUUGAGGAGGAAGAUUUUCAGUCAAUGACUUAUGGAUUUAAAAUGGCCAACAGUGUGACAGAUCUUAGAGUUACAGGUAUGCUGAAAGAUGUAGAAGAGGACAUGCAAAGACGAGUGAAGAGCACUCGAAGUCGACAAGGAGAAGAGAGAGAUCCAGAAGUUGAACUUGAACAUCAACAAUGUUUAGCUGUGUUCAGCAGAGUCAAGUUUACCCGGGUACUGCUGACUGUUCUAAUAGCAUUUACAAAAAAAGAGAUGAGUGCAGUUGCGGAAGCUCAGAAACUAAUGACUCAGGCAGCUGACUUGCUUUCUGCUAUCCACAAUUCAUUGCAUCAUGGUAUGCAGGCACAGAACGAUACCACUAAAGGAGAUCAUCCUAUUAUGAUGGGCUUUGAACCCCUGGUUAAUCAGAGAUUGCUGCCACCAACUUUUCCUCGAUAUGCAAAAAUAAUUAAAAGGGAAGAAAUGGUCAGUUAUUUUUCCAAACUAAUAGACCGAAUAAAAACUGUAUGUGAAGUAGUCAACUUAACUAAUUUGCACUGUAUACUGGACUUCUUCUGUGAGUUUAGUGAGCAAUCACCAUGUGUUCUUUCAAGAUCCCUGUUACAGACAACUUUCCUAGUAGAUAAUAAGAAGGUGUUUGGCACUCACCUCAUGCAAGACAUGGUGAAAGAUGCUUUAAGGUCUUUUGUCAGUCCUCCAGUCCUUUCUCCAAAAUGUUGUCUUUAUAAUAAUCACCAGGCAAAGGACUACAUUGAUUCCUUUGUGACACAUUGUGUUCGGCCAUUCUGUAGUCUGAUUCAAAUCCAUGGACACAAUAGAGCUCGUCAGAGAGAUAAACUGGGUCACAUUCUUGAGGAAUUUGCCACCCUACAGGAUGAGGCAGAGAAAGUAGAUGCAGCGCUUCAUAGUAUGUUACUGAAGCAGGAACCACAAAGACAACAUCUGGCUUGCUUGGGCACCUGGGUCCUAUAUCAUAACCUUCGUAUUAUGAUACAGUAUCUUCUCAGUGGCUUUGAGUUGGAACUUUACAGUAUGCAUGAAUAUUACUACAUAUAUUGGUACCUGUCAGAGUUCCUCUAUGCCUGGUUGAUGUCAACGCUGAGCCGUGCUGACAGCGCUCAAAUGACAGAGGAAAGAAUAAUGGAGGAGCAACAGAAAGGACGUAGUAGUAAGAAAACAAAGAAAAAGAAGAAAGUUCGUCCUCUCAGCAGGGAGAUCACCAUGAGUCAGGCAUACCAAAAUAUGUGCGCUGGGAUGUACAAGACAAUGAUUGCAUUUGAUAUGGAUGGCAAAGUAAGAAAACCUAAGUUUGAACUGGAUAGUGAACAAGUUCGAUAUGAGCACAGGUUUGCUCCAUUCAACAGUGUUAUAACGCCACCCCCAGUGCACUACCUGCAAUUUAAAGAAAUGUCUGAUUUAAAUAAGUAUAGCCCACCUCCCCAGUCAUCAGAUCUCUACAUGGCAGCUAGCAAACACUACCAGCAAGCUAAAAUGAUUCUUGAGAAUAUUCCGAAUCCAGACAAUGAGGUCAGUCGAAUUCUAAAAGUUGCAAAACCCAAUAUUGUGGUCAUGAAGCUGCUGGCAGGAGGCCACAAGAAAGACUCUAAGGUUCCUCCAGAAUUUGAUUUCUCUCCUCAUAAAUACUUCCCAGUUGUGAAGCUUGUUUGAAGGACAAGAAAUUAUUGUUAGGAUACCUGAAGAUACCUGUGUAGCAGAUACCAGCUGUAAGAGGGAAUAUCUAGGCUUGUACUCAGACUGCAAGGGACCUCCAGGAUACAAGUACUGUUAUGUGGAAUAUGUGCAGUCUGCUGUCUUCAUCUGAUCUGACAACUGCUGUUUGAAACUGGUUUAUCAUAAAGUUUAAUGCAUUUUAUGUGUGAAGCUGAUUUUAAUCAACUGUAUUGUUGAAGAAUGCCAUACCUUAAUUGAUUUUAUUACAGAGUUAAUCAUAAUUUUUAUUAAUGUGAUCUGAGAGAAAAUGGUGGCUUAGGGACUAAAUAAAAAUCAUGCAAAAUUCUCCAUUCAGCAGAGUCACUUAGAGAGA